CACACACAGAAUGGCACUGUACGAAGGUCACACAGAAUGGCACUGUACGAAGCUCACACGGAAUGGCAUUGUACGAUGCUCAAACGGAAUGGCACUGCACGAUGCUCACACAGAAUGGCAUUGUACGAUGCUCAAACAGAAUGGCACUGUACGAAGCUCACACAUAAUGGCAUUGUACGAUGCUCAAACAGAAUGGCACUGCACGAUGCUCACACAGAAUGGCAUUGUACGAUGCUCAAACAGAAUGGCACUGUACGAUGCUCACACAGAAUGGCACUGUACGAAGCUCACACAGAAUGGCACUGUACGAAGCUCACACAGAAUGGCACUGUACGAUGCUCACACAGAAUGGCACUGUACGAAGCUCACACAGAAUGGCACUGUACGAAGCUCACACAGAAUGGCACUGUACGAUGCUCACACGGAAUGGCACUGUACGAAGCUCACACAGAAUGGCACUGUACGAUGCUCACACAGAAUGGCACUGUACGAAGCUCACACGGAAUGGCACUGUACGAUGCUCACACGGAAUGGCACUGUACAAUGCUCACACAGAAUGGCACUGUACGAAGCUCACACAGAAUGGCACUGUACGAUGCUCACACGGAAUGGCACUGUACGAAGCUCACACAGAAUGGCAUUGUACGAUGCUCACACGGAAUGGCACUGUACGAAGCUCACAAAGAAUGGCACUAUACGAUGCUCACACAGAAUGGCACUGUACAAAUCUCACACGGAAUGGCACUGUACGAAGCUCACACAGAAUGGCACUGUACGAAGCUCACACAGAAUGGCACUGUACAAAGCUCACACAGAAUGGCACUGUACUAAGCUCACACGGAAUGGCACUGUACGAAGCUCACACGGAAUGGCACUGUACGAUGCUCACACAGAAUGGCACUGUACGAAGCUCACACAGAAUGGCACUGUACAAAGCUCACACAGAAUGGCACUGUACGAAGCUCACACAGAAUGGCACUGUACGAAGCACACACAGAAUGGCACU